UCCUCUGAGCUGAGGAUGAGGAGGACGUCUGUUGUUCUCUGACAGCUGCUGACGCUUUUUCUCUCUGGGACCAUUUUUUUUAACUUUUUAACAAACACAUGGACUCAGUGUGAGCGACGCACCUGCUGCCAGAAACCUUCAGACAGUAUCUUUGUUGUGACUUGGUUUUAAGUAGACUGUGAUAAAAUGUCUCUGACUGUAGCUGACCUGACCAGAGGAGCGAUGACAGAGUUCCAGGAGAAGCUCCGUCAGCAGCAUGAGGAGUCGAUGCACCGCGAGUUGGAGGCGCUGCUCAGUACAGCCAACAAGGCGGAGGCAGAGAUCUCCAGAAAAGAUUUCGAUGGCUUCAAAGAGCUCUUCCACAGAUUCCUGCAGGUCAAAGGUCCUUCAGUCGAAUGGGCCAAGAUCAACCGUCCGCCAGAGGACUCGAUCCAGCCAUACGAGAAGAUCAAGAUGAAAGGUCUUCCUGACAACAUCACCGCCAGCCUCAACAAGCUCGCUGUGGUCAAACUGAAUGGCGGUCUGGGAACUAGUAUGGGCUGUAAGGGUCCCAAGAGUCUGAUCAGCGUCCGCAACGAGAACACCUUCCUGGACCUGACCGUCCAGCAGAUCGAGCAUCUGAACAAAACCUUUAACGCAGAAGUGCCGCUCGUUCUCAUGAACUCCUUCAACACUGAUGAAGACACAAACAAGAUCCUGCAGAAAUACAAACACCACCGUGUCAAGAUCCACACCUUCAACCAGAGCAGGUAUCCGAGGAUCAACAAGGAGUCACUGCUGCCAAUCGCCAAAAACAUGGGGAUGAGCGGAGAGAAUGGGGAGGCCUGGUACCCGCCGGGUCACGGAGACAUCUACGCCAGCUUCUCCAACAGCGGCGUGCUGGACAAACUCCUCGCUGAGGGGAAGGAGUACAUCUUCGUGUCCAACAUCGACAACCUGGGCGCCACCGUCGACCUCUUCAUCCUCCACCACCUGAUGAGCCAGCCGGCCGACAGACGCUGCGAGUUCAUCAUGGAGGUCACAGACAAGACCAGAGCUGACGUCAAGGGCGGUACGCUGAUCCAGUACGAGGAUCACCUGAGGCUGCUGGAGAUCGCACAGGUGCCGAAGGCCCACGUCGAUGAGUUCAAGUCCGUCACCAAGUUUAAGAUCUUCAACACCAACAACCUGUGGAUCUCUCUGCCCGCCAUCAAGAGGCUGCACGAGAAGAACGCCAUGGACCUGGAGAUCAUCGUCAACCCAAAGACGUUGGACGGCGGUUUGAACGUCAUCCAGCUGGAGACAGCCGUAGGCGCUGCCAUCAAGAGCUUCAACAACGCCAUGGGUGUGAACGUCCCCCGUAGCCGCUUCCUGCCGGUGAAGACGUCGUCCGACCUGCUGCUGGUGAUGUCCAAUCUGUACAGCCUGGAUGCCGGCUCGCUCACCAUGAGCAAGAAGAGAGAGUUCCCCACCACACCGCACGUCAAGCUGGGCAGCUCCUUCACCAAGGUUCAGGAUUUUCUGACCAGGUUCGAGAGCAUCCCGGACAUGUUGGAGCUCGACCACCUCACUGUGUCCGGCGACGUCACCUUCGGAAAGAACGUCUGUCUGAAGGGAACCGUCAUCAUCAUAGCCAAUCAUGGCGACAGGAUCGACAUCCCUGCCGGAGCGAUGCUGGAGAACAAGAUCGUUUCAGGAAACCUGCGGAUCCUCGACCACUGAGGCCUUCUGGGGGGAAACAAAGACAAACAGACGAAGCCAUCUGCACCUUGAAGAGACUCAAAGAGAUUAUUUUUCUUCUCUUCUCUGAUGAACUAUCUCACUUUGUUUGUUUGUCUGUUUUCAAUGUAAAGCCAACCUGAAAGGGUCAAAGGUCAGCGUCUUCCAUGUUCCUCCUGAUGCAGAUGUGAUGAAACUUCCUGUUACUGCAAACAGCCGCUGCAGAGUCUGAGUCCACUGUGUGUCGUCUGCUUCUGCUGUCAAAUAAACAAGUGCAAUAUGGGUCA